GCAGAUGCCGCUCGCCUCACUUCUUCGCCCCUGUGGCGGUGUAGCAAGAACCUCUCGCUCUUCACGUACGGAUGGUUUGUGCUGGGCAUCAUUUGGGUUGUGAACUCCAGCUCAGCAUCCUGCACGGGAGCAUACAGGCUCACCGUGGCCAUCAUCUUCCAGGCGUUCCUCAGGGUU